CCUUUCCUUUUUCUCAUUCGGAAACGAUUGCGCAUCCAAGUGGAAUCCUCUAAAGAAAAACAUUUCUCAGUUGGUGCGACUGCUUCUUACAGGACUCCUUCCCACGACACAAAUACGAGGUCGGAUUCCAAUGUCUCCUUCACCAAACUCUAUGUCGUCGUUGACGCCAACAUUGACCUCCCUCCUCAUUAUACUCACAUUCUUUCAAUUGUUUGAUUAUAAGAGAAAUUCAUUUAAAGGGAUUUUCUUCCCUGAUUGGUUAGGUUACUGGAUCAGGUAUAUAUCCAAGUUUCAGAGGGCUUUUGGUUGCUGUUAUAGACACUGUGUGUAAGUGUUGUCACUGCUACUCUCAAGAAAAAACGCUCUUCUUCAUAUGAAGUCUCAAAUUAGUCUCUAAAAAUUGUUGUCUGAGGUACAAAAGGAAAUUGUAGCUUCAUUAGUAACUAGCAUUUGAGCUGAACAGAGAGAUUUCAGGUUAAAAAUUGGUGCACCACCAGACAACUAUAUUGUUACUACUAUGGGUUUGCGAAUGAAGUGUGGUUAGGAUGUUGUAUGCUCCCACUGAGAGUCUUGUUCCGCUUCUUGUGUCAGAUAAGAGUUGUUGUGCUAUACAGGUUUCUAGUGCUUAUAGUUGGAUAAUAUCUGAAGUUCUUGUGCAUGACAGAAGCAAAUUGACUAUGUUGUCUCGAAGCAGCCCUCUAUUUUCACGCAUUGAAGUCGUGUACCUGCUAUUCUCGGAUUCCUCCCACGAAAAAGACAGAAGAAAGAAAUCAAAUAAAAAUUAAAAAAAUGAAACUAUUGUAACCAAUUUGUGUAUGGUUUGUCAUCUCGAAAAUCUUAGGCAGGACAAAGUAAAAGAGAAAAUGGUGGUGACGGGUUCCGAGAUGAACUCCCAAGGAGGUGACGGGGUGUCGAAUCAGCAAGAAGCAAACAAGAACCAUUCAUCAUUCUCAUCGCUGGGAAGACAAUCGUCCUCAAUCUACUCCCUCACGCUCGAUGAAUUCCAGCACACACUCUGCGAACCGGGCAGGAAUUUCGGCUCUAUGAACAUGGACGAGUUCAUCAACAGCAUUUGGAGCGCAGAAGAAAACCAAGCCACCAACAACAACAACCCUAACCAAAACAACAACAACAUCAACAACAACAACAACUUGUCUCUGAGCGAAACCUCGACGGAGAAAUUAGGCUUCAUAAGGAAGCAGCCAAGCCUCCCUCGACAUGGUUCUUUAACAAUCCCUGCACCUCUUUGUAGGAAAACAGUGGAUGAGGUUUGGUCUGAGAUUCACAAAGGGCAGCAAUCUCAGCAGCAGAACAACAACAACAACAACGGUCAGAAUACCGAGUCUGUCCCUCGCCAACCUACUUUUGGAGAGAUGACUCUGGAGGAUUUUCUAGUCAAGGCCGGGGUAGUUCGGGAACAAGGUGCAAAUUCAAAUGCAAUGCCUCUCCAGGUUCCUUCUUCACAACACCAGUUGCUGCAGCAGCAGUUUGGAAUGUACCCAAAUGUGGGGCCCUCAUUUAGGCCCACGAUGGCGAUUGGUGCUGGCGGUUGGGGAGGGAAUGCAAUUGCGGUCGCGGUUGCGCCACCUUAUCCAGUUGUGGCUCACAGUGGCAGUGGUGGUGCAAUUGUGGAGAGUAAAAGAGAUGGUGGGUAUUCGGUGCCAGGGGUUGGUUAUGGAGGGCAGGUGAUGAAUGGAGGUGGUGGAGGGUAUGGGGGUAAUAUGGGAAUUGGCGCGCCGGUGAGCCCAGUUUCGCCAGACGGGAUGGGUGGAGGUGAGAACAGUGGUGGUCAAUUUGGGAUGGAGAUGGGUGUGUUGAGGGGACGAAAAAGGGGUUUGGAUGGUCCUGUGGAGAAGGUGGUGGAGAGGAGGCAGAGGAGGAUGAUCAAGAACAGAGAAUCAGCAGCCAGAUCAAGAGCAAGAAAACAGGCAUACACAAUUGAAUUGGAAGCAGAAUUGAAUCAAUUAAAAGAAGAGAAUGCACAGCUGAAACUAGCUCUGGCCGAGCUUGAGAGGAGAAGAAAGCAACAGUAUUUAGAGGAAACGAAUGGGAUGGUUCAAACCAACGCUCAGAAGACCAAGAAGAAACUAAGUUCAUUGAGAAGGACUCUAAGUUGCCCUUUUUGAGAAAAUUAUUAUCUGCAUCUGCAACCAGUGAAGUUCUUGAAUUCUAGUACACAUAGGAAUUGGCUGUUGAGUAUCUUCAUGAGUGUCUUACAUGAAGGAGAUUCCAUGAAACCAAAGCAAGAAUGGAGGAACCAGACAACGAGAAAACUCAAGACUAGUGCAGAAACCAGCUUGAUGGAGAGGUGUGAAAUUUAUUUUGAGUAAGUUCUUGAUUAAUCAAGGAUAAAUUAGCUCUUUACAAAUGAUAAGUAGUUAUUUAUUGUGUAAAAAAGAUAAUUGUGUUAGUUAUUUAUGACAUUGACAAUGAUGUAACUACCUUAUUAAUAAUGCUCAUUGUUUUCACUAACAA